AUGGCCUCGUUCGAUCAGACCGCUGCAACAGCGGCUCAAAACUUGGGCGCGAAGGUGGAAGAUGACGCACUCGACGCGAACUACAACAUGAUUGUAGACAACUACCCCGAAGGGCUCGAUUACUAUGCCCUACUUGGCCUUUCACAGAAACCACCUCCGACCGAAGCUGAAAUUCGCUCUGUUUAUCGCAAUCUUUCGCUAAGCUUCCACCCGGAUAAACAACCACCCCAUCUUCGGGAGGCUGCCCAGAAGCACUUCACUCGGAUACAGGAGGCCUACGAUGCUCUGAUUGACCCUCAAAAGCGCAUAGUGUAUGAUAUGCUGGGAGCAGAGGGGGUCAAGCAAGAAUGGGGCCACCGAGGUGCGAUGGGUACGGCUGGGGAGGCGGAGAAACAGGAGGUCGGCGUUAAGACGAUGUCGCCGGAUGAGUUUCGGCAAUGGUUCUUGAAGACAAUGAAGAAGAGGGAGCGGAAAGCCGUGCAGAGCUUGGUGGAAUCUAGUGGGACUAUCACACUUGGAGUUAAUGCAGAGGACAUUAUUCAAGUGGACGGAGACGAUGUGACCUUUGGGAUCCCAUCACCGAAAAUCACCACGUUUGGCGCAUCAUAUGAGUUUAAGGCUCCGUUGCCCUUGCCUGAAUUUUUGUCCAGAAAGGACGAGAAUGAGGAUGAUGAAAGCGAGGCUCAAGAUCAAGACCAGCCUGCAGGGCUUAAUGAGUUAGAGGAAACUGAGGAUCCAGUCUAUGUGACCAUCAAUGCUGGUAUUAAUGGUGGGUUGGCUCGUCAGAAACGGACUUACCUAGUUACCUACGAGGGCCGCGAAGAUGAGGAGGUUGCGGUAAAAGUCGAUGGUCCGCGUCUUCUGGUCAGUAACGAGAUGCAGCUUGGAGCCACCAUUGCCCCGAAUUUCAGGGCACUGGCAGGCAGAAAGGGAAUAUUGAGCUGGCGACCAUUUACCUUUCUUCAAGACUCAACAGUCCUGGUGGAGGGUGUUGUUCUUCCGGAAAGGCUUGUGAAGACAACAAUCGCUCGUUCAAUUCAGCCAAUCUCUGGCAUCAAGCCAUUCUCAGUUACAGCCAGCAGCAUUAUAAAGUACCCCCUACUUGAGGCACCUCCUUCAUUCGAAAUCCAAGCAUCGAAAGAAAUAGCACCUUCUAAAGUAGCAUUCUUUUCAUGGUCAAGUGGCUCUUGGCAGUGGCCUGACCUGUUGCUUGACCGUUUCAGUUCUCUUGGGAUGUAUCCUAAUACCAUGUACGCCUCAGAGGAUGAACUAAGUGGUUUCCAGAUUGGUCUCCUCUCGCUACCGAAGACUCGAGUUAAAGAUACCAUCGGUGAUGGUGAUGAAGAUGACGAUGACGAGCUAGCACAAAUCUCGCGAAAGGAGAGGAAUAUUGAUCGAGCCCGCGAGUCAUGGGUCACCCAGCUACAGGUUUCUCCCGGCGGAGGCGGCCUCGUGCUGAAAUAUGAGCGAAACUUGUUUUCCGGCAAGCCCAGUGACGACCCUGUGAGGUCUGAAUGGAGUGGUGUGGGUUACUUUCCCAUGAAGAAGAUGGAAGGAGCCCGUGCUGUAAGGCUCGCAAUUACCACAGUCCUCGCUCCGGACCUUUCAGUUAGUUGGACAGUACAGGGAACUAGACGGGUUAGUGAAUAUACCAAACUCGGGCUCGCUAUUGGCAUUGCUCACAAGGGUAUUCACAUGUCUGUCUCAUGGGAGCGACUAGGUCAGGGUAUUAAUAUUCCUGUCAUCCUCUGCCCUGCGCGGCAGGCUACUCACGAAGCUGCAAUGUUGGCUACCGUUGUUCCAUGGCUGGCAUACUGUGCAGUUGAAUUUGGCUAUAUUCGACCAAGGGAUCGAAAGAAGAGACGACAAGCGGCGGCUCGUCGCCAUAAUGAACUGAAGAAACUCAUUCCCAAGAAAAGAGCAGAGAGCCAGCAAGCCAUUGAACUCAUGGCUGAUCAAGUGCUAAGACGUCAAACUCGGGAAGAAGCGCAAGACGGCUUGGUUAUCACCAAGGCUGAAUAUGGAUAUGUUCCGGGCACGAGCAAAAAACUACUGUCCAAAUUCCCCGAUCCUCGACUCGUCGAUGUAACUAUUCCGGUUGCCGCGCUGGUUGAUCGCAGCCAACUGGUGAUACCUGAAAAUACAAUUAAAUUCCAAAUUAUUGGAUUCCAUGAUCCUGCGCCCCUAUUGCCCAAACGAUUGAAGAUAUGGUACACAUUCCAGGGCCGCGAACAUUUUAUAGAUGUUGGUGAUAAGGAGGGUUUUUCUUGCCCCAUGCGCGCACACUUGGUAUCCUCUUAA